AUGCGCGUGGAUGUUACCGGGCCGACUCCGGUGGCUCGAGUCCGCCCGGCCGCCCGGGGGCGCCCGAGGCUGAAGGGGGCGUUGCGGCACCGCCCGACGUCGCGCCCUCGGCGGCUGCGCAGUGCGUACGUCAAAGCCGGGCUCGGGCCGGGAGCGGGGAGCGGCGCGGCCUGGGAGAGACUGAGCUUCCAGAAGCCGGCUAAAAGGCGAAGGCGAAGGCGGCGCCGGGCCCCGCAGCAGCAGCCGCAGCCGCAGCCGCAGCCGCAGCCGCAGCCGCAGCCCGAGCGAGCGAGCGCAGCAGUGCGGCGGCCGCCGCGGGAGCCCCUGGGCCGCCGUCCGCCCGCUCAGCCGCCGCCGCCGCUGCCGCGGGAGCCCGUCGCCGGGAGCAGGAGCAGGCGGAAGACAACGGAGGGGCCGAGCGCCCGUGCCGCCCCGCGGGGACCGAGCGAGCAGCCCGAGGCGGCGGCGGCCGAGGACGGGGACGGCGACGACGCGGAGGCGGAGAGGGAGCCGCCCGGCCCAGCCCCGUGAAGAGGCAGAGG